AAAACCCUACAACUGACUAAAAUCUGCUAACCCCUUUAUUUCUUCUUCUUCUUCUUCUUCUUCUUCACUACUUAGCUUCCAUUUCCAUUUCUUCUAAUCAAAUUCAAUUAUGGAUAAUCCAGUGUUUUUGGAUAGCUGAAAGUACAGUGGUGACUGGUUACUUCAUCGGUUGGUUGGAAGGGGAAUGGAAAUGAAGAGGAAAACACCACUUCAGCUUCAAGCCCUCGACAAAUUCUAUGCUGAACAGAAGUAUCCUUCACAUGCAGUUAUGAAAGAGCUUGCGUCCGUUUUGGACUUAACAUUCAAGCAGGUGAAAGGAUGGUUUAUAGAAAAAAGGAGGAGGGAUAGAAGUAGAGAUAUAUUGAUUACACCACCUAGUUUGAGCAAGAAAGUCUCCUUUUUUAAAGGGAGGAAUUGUGUGGACGUUUUGACUACGACUAGAAGAAAUAAUUGUAAGAAAAAGAGAAAGGAGAAGAAGUUGAUUCCUCGGCAGACUGUUUUGCCUGCAAGUUAUAUUUUAACUAAGAUUUUCCGGAAAGAUGGUCCUUCCCUUGGCACCGAGUUUGAUUCUCUUCCUUCUAAGGGAUUUCAAAAUUCUGAAGAUUCCAGAAGUUCCAGUUAUGCAAACCAGGAGAACCAAAGAGCAAACAAAAAGAGAAAGGUGUCCAAGCAGAGCAUCUCAACUUGUCUGGAUCACAAUAACAGUGGUCCAGCAAUAAAACAUGGAAUGGGAAAAGGUUUGAUGACAAUAUGGCGAGCAACAAAUCCAAAUGGUGGAAAUUUCCCUACAGGGAUUUCAUUUGCUGAAAAGGAAAUAGUAACGCAAGUACCAACUCCUGUUCCACGAAAACCGCAAUGCAGGAACAGAAAAAGACCAUCUGCUGCUGUUAUGAGACACAGACGGUUGAACGAUAAAACUCAUCAAAAGCGGAAGCCUUGUCUUAAACAGAGAGAGGUGGAAUCUAAAAAGGAGGAGUUCCAUGAGCACUCACCCAGGGAAAAAUGUGAACUUGCUUUGAAAGAAAUGAUAUCUCAAGAACGUAUUAAUCAGUUUGCAAUGCUAGCAGAUGAUGAAGACCUAGAGCUGAGAGAGCUACAAGCUGGACAAAACCCACAUGCGUGUUCUGAUCAUUGUGCAACAAACAGUCAGCAUGGUUGUUCACUUUGCAAAGAUUUGCUGCCUAAAUUUCCUCCAAGUUGCGUUAGGAUGAAACAGCCGUUUGCUAAGCAGCCUUGGGAUUCCUCUCCGGAGACAGGGAAGAAACUUUUUAAGGUUUUCCAUUUUCUCUACACUUAUUCAGUAGAUGUUGAUAUAUGCCCCUUCACUCUUGAUGAUUUUGCUCAAGCAUUCCAUGACAAGGAUUCUUUGUUACUUGGAAAAAUUCAUGUGGCCCUCUUGAAGCUUCUCCUUACUGAUGUUGAAAAAGAGAUGAGUAGUGGAUGCAUGCCUCAUUUGAGUGUGUCUUGUAAAUUUCUUGCUCUUAUUCAUUCGGUUGAAGAUCAAGAGUUCCUUGUGGAGUUUUGGAAAAAGUCUCUUAACCCUCUUACAUGGAUUGAAAUACUGCGUCAAGUUUUGGUUGCAGCUGGUUGUGGUUCAAGGCAAGGUGCACUGCGUAGGGAAGCUCUUAGCAAGGAGAUGAGCGUCAUGGUGAAAUAUGGUCUACACCCUGGAACUUUGAAGGGCGAAUUGUUCAAAAUUUUGUCCAAGAGAGGAAACAAUGGAUCAAAAGUUCCCGACCUAGCAAAGUGUUUGCAGAUUGCUGAAUUAAAUCUCUCAAGGACAACUGAGGAACAGACAACUGAGGGACUGGAACUUCUAAUAAGUUCUACUCUUUCAAGUGAUAUCACUCUAUUUGAGAAGAUCUCGCCAUCUGUUUAUCGUUUGCGCAUCAGUACUCGUUCAAAGGAGGAGGAGGAUUGUCUAUCUGACACUGAGGAUUCUGGAAGUGUUCAUGAUGACUUCAACAGUUGUGGAACAUGCAGCAGCAGCAGCAGUGAUUCUGAGAUUGAAUCAGAAAAUCCCAACUCAAGAAAAUCUAAGCUAUUUAAAUCUAAAAAGAACAUGCUUACAGUUCAAAACGAAAUUGAUGAGAGCCAUCCUGGAGAAGUGUGGUUGCUGGGACUCAUGGAAGGUGAAUAUUCAGAUUUAUGUGUCGAGGAAAAGUUGAAUGCUUUAGUGGCUUUGAUUGAUCUAGUCAGUGCUGGGUCCAGUGUUAGAAUGGAGGAUGCAACAAGAACCACAGUCGAGCCUGUUCCUAAUACACGACAUUAUGGUUCUGGGGCAAAAAUUAAAAAAUCAUCAUCACAGCAGCAUAGUCUGCCCAGGCCAUCUUGGGUACAUGUUGGACAACUCAAUGCUACAAAUGAAGCAUACACAUUAUCAUCAUCUCGCCCAUUUGAUUCUUCAGUGUCUUUCCUGAAGUUGAAUCAAACGCAAAAUUUGUCCAGCCAAAGGAAGGACGCACAAGGGACAGAACAUGAAAGCUAUUUGCAUCCGAUGCAGUCUAUCUUUUUGGGUUCUGAUCGUAGGUACAAUAGGUAUUGGCUUUUCUUGGGCCCAUGUAAUUCACAUGACCCUGGCCACAGGAGAGUUUAUUUUGAAUCCUCUGAAGAUGGUCACUGGGAAGUCAUUGAUACUGAAGAGGCUUUACGUGCAUUGUUAUCAGUUUUGGAUGAUAGAGGAACACGGGAGGCUUUUCUUAUCGAAUCCUUGGAAAAGAAGGAAGUGCUUCUCUGCCAGGAAAUGUCAACUAGCGUCGCAAAUGAUGCUGAAAAUAGGCAGUUAAGACCAUCAGAUCAUUCUGAACGGGAAAUAGUGAGAGAAGUUAGCACUUCUCCAGUGUCUGAUGUCGACAACAACCUAAACCUGACUGGGAUCACAAAUGAUUCUUCCCCUCUGUCCGGUGCAAUAGUUCUUGCAGCAGGAAAGAAAGAGGAAGAUGAAAAUCGGAAAAGGAUCCGUCUUCAAGAGUUUGAUGCAUGGAUAUGGAAUUACUUUUACUGUCGUCUUAAUGCUUUCAAGCGUACCAAAAGAUCUUAUUUUGAAUCGCUAACUAGAUGUGAAAUUUGUCAUGACUUGUUCUGGAGAGAUGAGAAGCACUGUAGAUUUUGCCAUACAACAUUUGAACUUGAUUUUGAUCUUGAAGAAAGAUAUGCUAUUCAUUCAGCAACAUGUAGACACAAAGGAGAGCAUGAGAUGCGAAAAUAUAAAGUUCUGUCAUCGCAAUUGCAAUCACUAAAAGCUGCAGUUCAUGCAAUUGAGUCAGCUAUGCCCGAAGAUGCAUUGCUAGGUGCUUGGACAAAAUCUGCUCAUAGGUUGUGGAUCAAACGGCUAAGACGCACUUCAUCUUUGGCAGAGCUUUGGCAGGUUGUUGCUGAUUUUAUUGGUGGAAUAAAUGAGGAUUGGUUAUGCCAAUACAAUGUUUCCCAAGGUUCCAAUAACUCUUUGGAAGAGAUUACUGCUUAUUUUCCAACCAUGCCGCAAACAUCAUCUGCACUCGCUCUGUGGUUGGUGAAAUUGGAUGACUUAAUUUCUCCAUAUCUCGAAAAGGUUGAAGGAGAAAACAAGCAGAACGAUACAACUAAUCAUACAGGUACGCAAUGCUCCACGGUGGAUCUGACCCUCGAAAGGAGCUCAUAACAUCAGAGCAUUGGAGCGUUAUAAACCGGCGCGUGUCAACUGUUAACUGCCCCUGUCGAAGAAAAUGGUGAAGCAAUGAUCAGUUUCACCAUCUUUUGAUUUUGAUUCCGAGUAGAAGGCAUUAGAUACAAGUUUGUAUAGAGCAGAGCUUUGUUAGUUUUUUCAAAAUUCUUUGAGCUCUGGUUGUACCCUCGAGAGAACUAUAUGUUGUACAGCAUUUGAUAGGACAUUUAAAUUCAGGAAAAUUAAAGUUUCAGUACAUAUUGCAAAAUAA